AUGUGCAAACACAUCCUCAACGCCCAGGUCUCCAUCCGCUCCCCCUGCUGCAAAAAAUGGUUCGACUGCGCACAGUGCCACGAGGAGCAGUCCAACCACCCACUCAUGCAGACCUUUGACAUGACCUUCAUCUGCAAAAAGUGCAAAAAGGCCUUUCGCAAGGAUGCGCGCGAGUUCGAGGAUGCCGAUGAAUACUGCCCCCACUGCGACAACCACUUCGUGCUCGAGGCCAAGACCCCCAAGGCCUCACUGCAGGUAGAGGGCGAAGACGUGCGCAAGGACUCGAGGAUGUUGAAGGACGACCGUGUCCGGAGCGAGCAACUGCCGAGCAUCUUCGACGUCAAAGAGGCUUCCUACAAGCUGGGCUGA